AUGACUAGUUACCCUCAACCAAGUUCUCGUCAAUACUACGUGCAAAAUAUCCAGCAGCAGCAACCGAACCAGUUCAACAUGCAAAUGCCUCAGCAGUCAUUGCAAGGACAGAUGCCUCCCAUGGCGCCUCAGCAAAUGAAUCAGCAGCAAUAUCAGCAAUACCCGACCCAGUACGUCUAUCGGCAGCAAGCUGGUGUACAGCCGCCUGUCCAAUACUCGAGACCCAUGGCAGCUCCAGGGGUUCAGGAGCAGCGGCUCCAGACGCCCGAGCCCAUGGACUAUCCAUACAAUGGGUACCAGCCUUCCAACAGCUAUUCCAUGUCGUCGCCUCAGAUCAAGAUGAUGGAUGCUGUUGAUGCGCAGCAGAAAGGACGUCCCAAGGUGGAUGCAAGAGCGUUCGACCUGCGCACUGUGAAAGGAGAUGGAAGGUGUAUGUUCCGCUCCAUAGCAAGGUCUAUCGCACACUUCCACAGCAACAGUCUGUCUGAGAAGGAGGAGGAGAGAGAAGCAGACUCUCUCAGGGCCCUUGCGCACCAGGUCAUCAGCAAGGACAAACGAAACUUCUUUGAGAACUCAGGGGCGAUCGAGGGUGACUUCAAGACCUACCUGAAGCGAAUGAAGGAUCCCUCCUUCUACGGAGGCGAGCCCGAGCUUCUCGCCCUCAGCGAUGGCAUGGAGGUGCCCAUCAAAGUCUACAUGUAUGAGCCGGGAUUCUUUUAUCCGAUCGCAGAAUAUGGUUCGCAGUAUACAGGGAAGCAUGCGAUUCAUUUGCUGUACAAUGGCAGCAACCACUAUGAUGCGCUGAUCCAGAGGAAUUCUCUUGUAACCAUGUAA